AUGGAGCAGCAACAGAAACUAAACAGAGUGACGGAGCAGCAACAGAAACGAAACAGAGCAAAUCUAAAUAUUCCGAUGGGAGCGCUGCGUCCAGGGGCGGGACAUCCUGUCAAGAGGAGAGAGGAGACUGUAGACACAGAGGAGGCUCCUCCCCCAGACCCCCUGCAGGAAGCCACGGCCCUGUCGCCAGAGGAGAAGAAGCCAUUGCCAGGAUCCAUGAAGCUUCCUGGUCCAGCAGUCAACCUAUCAGAGCUGCAGAACGUCAAGAGUGAACUACGAUGGGUCACCAAGGACUAACACACAGUGCUGUGUUUCCCAACUUGUCCUCCAGUACUGAAUCAGGUGUGCUUGUCCAGGGAUACAAUAAAAUGUGUACUGUUGGGGAUACUCGAGGAGUACUACAGGUUUCUCAUCAGACCCACACCCACCCUGCAU